CCCCCCCAUGGCGCGUGUGGGGCUGCUCCUGCUCCUGCUCUGCGCUGGGCUGGGGGCCCCCGCUGGGGCCACGCCCGUGUGGUGCUUCUCCCGAUUGGAGGAGGAGGCCGGGGGCGGGGCCUGCGCCGAGCUGCUGAGCGACGAGCGCGUCCCAUUGGCUGACUGCUGCCUCAACCCCGCCUAUGGCUACAAGCUCCGCCCACAAGGCCACUGCUACACCUGCCGGAGGGGCUCCUGGGGGCCCUGGGGGCCCUGGGCCGGCUGCUCCGUGAGCUGUGGGGAGGGGACCCAGCGGCGGGGCCGGAGCCGCAGCCCCACGGGGGACGAGGAGCCCAGGGACUGGGAGCUGAGAGCGUGCGAGAGGCCCUGCUGCCCUGGUGCCGGGGGGGGCAUGGGGG